GGGAGCGGGCCGGGAGUGGCGGGCAGCGGCGGUGCGGAUGGCAGGGUGGAGGUGGUCGGCGUCACUGCUUGCGGUGGCGCUGCUUGCGGGCCUGGCUCUUGUGCAGGGGCUCAGCUGCAGCAGGACUCAAUACCUAUGGAAGGGCAGGUGCUGCAGCCGAUGCCGACCAGGCCAGAAGGUGGAAGCCGACUGUACGGGCGUGUCAAAUACAACAUGCAGACCGUGCGAGGAGCACCAUUUCCAGGGCAGCUGGACCAAGGAGCACCAUUGCACCCCACACCGCACUUGUGACGAGAAAGCUGGCCUGACUGUCUAUCAGAGUGGGAACAAGGAGCGCGAUGUCAUCUGCCGGUGCCAGGAGGGUACCCACUGCUCCAGCCAUGAGUGCCAGACCUGCCGGCCCCACAGGAUCUGCGUUCCGGGGGAAGGGGUCCAUCUGGAAGCCAGUCACGAGAAUGACACUCUCUGCGUCCAGUGUCCUUGGGGCUUUUUCUCCAACGUCUCAUCCUCCACAGCCCAAUGCCAGCCCUGGAGCAGCUGCGAGGAAAAGGGGCUCGUCUGGAAGGUAAACGGCACACGGACAGCGGACGUCGUUUGUGACAUCCUUUCGGAGACCCAGGAGCCUAGGCAGACUCACCUGCUGGUGCUUCUCCCUCUGGCUGCCCUACUGCUGGGGGCACUCCUUGUCUUGUGGCAUCAGCACAGCAAAUGUACUCGGAAGAGGCAUCAAAAUCUGCCACGGGAGCCCCCUGAACCGACGGAGAACGAAGAGGACUGCCCCGCUUUCCCCACCCAAGAGACCCCACUGGGGGAGCAGAUGGGUAUCCAGGAGAAUGGCAAGGACUGCCAUCUCGCACAGCAGGAGCAGGUCUGACAAGAGGAGCUGUGUGGAUGCGAGGCCAGCUGCACACCCAGGCGCCUCCCUCCCUCCUCCCUGCACCCCCCAGUAGCCUUGGGGGUGCUGUUUUCUGCCAGUGGCCCCCUUGGCGCCUCUCCUCCAGAGCCAUGUGCUGGAGAGGGACUCCCUAAAGGGAAGGCUGGCGGAGCCAAGAGGGCAGAAGGAGCAGGGCGUCCGUCGAGGGAUCCCAAGCAUUCUCCUUUCCUGGAUCCUGGCACAGGUUGUAUCAAGCUCUCUUCCUGGGCAGAUUCUGGGCACCAUCCUAGCAGGUAUCCUGGACAGAACAGCACAGCAAGGGAGCGCCACUGCCCUUCCUGGCAGCCCAACAGUAUUUCUAACCAUCAGAGUUACUGGAAUCACGCAGAGCAGAGGAUGCGUCCCUGGCUCACUUGGGCUCACGGCUAUUCCAAAUGGCUUUGGGGUUGUGGAGUCCCGGGUCUGGGGAAAGGCUGUGGGACAGUUCGAUGGGGCCCUUCUCUCCUCGGAUGCGUCCACAAAUGCACCUGGGUUUGCCGGAGCUGCCUACCUGCUGCUUCCUCUUCCCAGCCAGAGAGAUCGAUCUGCAUGACGGGGCCGCCUGAACCGGUUUUGGGUGAAGGAGGUUUGUGAGGAGACCUCUGGAGCAUUUGGCCAGAGGCGGGGGCAGCCCAGCCCGUGCCCUCUCUGCCAGGCCAAAAGGCCGCGUCCAGCAGCUUAUCGCGGCCAUUAAGGGAGCCAGAAUCUCAGCAGGCUGAGUUUUGAAGCAGGGCCUGAGUCAAGCCACACCCGCUUCUUCCGGGAGGCGGCCAAAGGGGCCUGUCCUAGGUCGUGAGAGGGCGACCCCUGGCCCUUUCCCACUGCUGUAGACUGAUCCGGAUCUGCUGCAGAAGUUGGGAUGGUGGCGUUUGGCUCCGCAGGGUUCUUACUGCAACAAGAGGCAAACAGGAGUGCUACGUCUCUUCAAACGGGAGCAAAUCAGCAUCUAAGUUUUUUGGAAGGCAAGCCCAGACAGUCCCUGAUGGGUAUCCCAGAACAGGGACUAGCCCUGCUUGGCCCAGGACAUUCGUAGCCGGAUCUUCAGUCACAACCUGCCCCUCCUGGCGGGGAGGGCCCCAGAGCGGCCCUCCGUUCUCCCACCCACCUGCUGGCUGCCUCCUAGAACUGCCGGGACGACGCGUCGACGUUCAGGCUCACUCUCUGAUGUGCGCACUUCUUGGAACGCAGCUCUGUUCCUUCUGUCU